CUUUUACACUAAUGAGAUUUCUUCUAAAGGAAAAAAAAAAAAAUCGAAAAAGGAUUGGUCACUUAGUCUGUCUGGCUCUCUUCCAUUACAAAGCAGUGUUUUUUUCCAGACUUACAGUACACAGAGACCAUUUAUGUUGCUCAGACUUGGAGUGUAACAGGUGUUGAACUCAUGAUGUUUACUGCUGUCAUCUCUCUGCUUUUCCUCACAGGUGGGGUGUCCACAGAGAGGAAAUGCAGUUAUCAGGAAGUGUUAAAUUAUCUUAACCUGACUAAAUCCAAUGAGCUGUACUUCAUGACCCGACCCGUUAAAGACUACACACAGCCCACAUGGGUGUCACUGGAAGUCCUGCUCUAUGCCAUUUUAGACGUGGUUGAGAAAGACCAGAAAUUCAUUCCUUAUGUUUGGACUGUUACGAGGUGGCAGAAUGAAUAUAUUUCUUGGAAACGAAAUGACUUUUGUGGAAUUGAUAAAGUGUCCCUUCCUACUGAAGUUUUGUGGAAGCCUGAUCUUAUCAUUGAAGAGAUGACAGAGAAGGACAAAGCACCAGUUAUUCCAUAUCUCUUCAUCGAUUCUAAAGGAUAUGUUGAAGUUCAUGAAGACCAGGCUCUGGUCAGCACCUGCCGGAUGCAUGUUUACAAAUUUCCAUUCGACACACAGAGCUGCAACCUCACAUUUAAGUCUGCCAUUCACACUGCUAAAGACAUAAGACUCCAGGCGAGCGACAACUCAUCAGAAGCCACAGAAUGGUCUCGUGAAGUGAUGCGGACUCAAUACGAGUGGCUGUUCAUAAAUAUGAAAGUUACAACCCACAACAUCACCAACCCUGAUCAGGACAUCAUUAUCUACACUAUAAAUAUGAAGAGAAGGUCUCUUCUGUACGUCAUCAAUUUCUUGCUGCCCGUCCUGUUCUUCCUGUGUCUGGACUUGGCCUCCUUCCUCAUCUCAAACAACGGGGAGGAAAAACUCACUUUCAAAGUCACUGUGUUGCUCGCCGUCACAGUAUUGCAGCUUAUUCUGAAUGAAAUUCUGCCAGCGUCAUCAGACAGGAUUCCGCUUAUAGCGGUCUACUGCAUUGGGAUGUUUACUCUGAUGCUACUCAGCCUCCUGGAGACGAUUGUGGUCAUGUAUCUGAUGAAAAAAGACAAUGUUUAUCGGGAUAACGCAGCAGACAAUGUGGGAUGUUUAAGAGAAGAUGCCAGGGAUAACUGGAACCACACUGAUAAUGUUUUUGACAGAGGAAAAGUUUAUGGUUCAUCCAUCUAUGAUGUGUCCUCUGCUGACAUCCCAUCACUGCUGGAUCGACAGGAUGCGAGCAGUAAAUUGACUGAAGAGUUCCGUGCUUUGGAAAGGCUGUCAGAUGAGCUGAAGAAGGUGGAGAAGACACUUUCUUUGCUUCUUGCUGGACACAUAGAAAAGAAACCAGGAUACUGGACCAGACUGGCUAAAAAAUUCAAUAGAGUUUUCUUCAUUUUUUAUGUUACAAUGAUCGCUGUGUUUUUCAGUUUUAUUUUUUCACAGUGGAGUAAUGAAUAG